GCCUAGAAAUGGUGGCAUGAAGCCUAAAUCCCCUGGGGAUGGAGCCUAAGUACCCUCCUAUAGAGCCUAAAUCCCCUGGGAUUCAACCAAAACGGCCAAAUCCAGGCGCUUUCCAUGGAUAGGGGCGGUACUGGAAAGGGCGGGCGGUGACGUCACCUCGCCCAACCCCUUUUCCGGCCCCUCCUGAGGCGGCUCCGCCUUUUCCCGGCGCCGGCCCCGGGGCCUGUUCUGGGCCAGGGCCGGAGUUGGUGCCGGGGCUCCUUCGCCAGCGGAGCGUCCCCAAGGUGUUCCCAGUGAGCAUGGAGCCCCAAGAGCUGUCCCCGGCCCUGCUGCAGCCACAGGUCACCGUGGUGGCCAUCCUGGGUGAGCUGCUGGACGCCCUGAGCAAUCAGGACGAGAUGAUGCAGCCCUGGUCCCCAUGGUCCCUGUACUGGGACCUGGAGUUCUUCACCAGGGAGCUCUGGGUCACCCUGCACCGCAUUGAUAAUGCCUGGUGGCCCCAGGAUGUCACCUCCGAUGAUGAUAGCCCUUUCAACGCCCUGAGGCAGACCCUGGCCGCCUACAAGAGCACCCCAGGGACCACCUUGUUACCUGUGGGAUUGGCGGUUGGUGUCCCCUCCACAGCUUCAGGUGCUGGUGGCUGUGGUAGCCACCCUGGGCGAGCUGCUGGCCACCAUGACUGGGCCACACAGUGACAAGUCCCCAAACUCCUUACAUGAGGACCUGAAGAACUUCACCCGGAGCCUUCGUGCAAUCCUGAACCACGGCAAUGUCACCCCCCUGAGCCACCCUGGUGUCGCCUCCCUGGGCCGGGCCCUCGCCACCCUCGGGGCCACCCCUGGGACCACCUGGGCCAAUGGGAGAGCCGUGGCCAAGGCCUGGCGGGAGUUGGUGGCCAGGCUCGUGGACCGCUGGGACUGGCUGUCCAGGGAGGCCACCAAGCUCCGUGACAACCACAGGAAGGUAAUCGUGAACCAGCAGCUGAUGGUGGCCCUGGACAAGGAGGAAGUGGCCAGGGAAAUGGCCACAUACGAUGCCCAGGUGGCAGCAGCCACCAAUGAGAGAAUGGGAGAGGCUAUGGUAGCCACCAGGAGGGGACCUUGGGCAGUGGUGGCCCUGGGGCUGCUGCAGCGCUUGGUGGCCACAUGUGACAGAGCCACCUUGUUCUACUGGAACAUGGAGUGGCGGCUCAGGGACAUCGAGGCCAUCCUGAAGGGGACAAACGAGGUGUCCCCUGAUGUCCUCCAGGCCUUGGUAGCCAAAGUGGCCAAGUUUGAGUGGCUGUGGGAGGCCCGCACCCGCCUGGCCAAGGAUCACCUGCUUGGGACACCUGGGGUCAUCGACAACAUCCUCUUGAGUCCCUAUGGUGGCUGGGGUGGCCCCAGUGGCCCUGGCAGCUGUGCAGUGGCCAAGCAGUGCCAAAAAGCCAUCGAGGACAUCCCGAGGCUGCUGCAGGAAAGUCUCACAUGGGAGCACUGACAUCAUCAGGGACAUCGCUGCUGUCACCUGUGCCCUCCUUGUGCAGUAUUUGAGACAGAUUUGGGGAAUUUUCUAGGAAUUUUCAAUGAUACUGUCCCAAAUCCUGAUGGGAAUUCCUGGGGUGACAUCACUGGGGACACUCAGGGACAGUCAGGGACAGGGGACAGGGGUGUAUGGGUCCCCUCAGCAGCUUCCAGCUUUCCACUGUGCCUGCAGCACAGCCAGGUCAUAAAUGGCAAUUUAAUAAUUGCCUUUUGCACUCUUGUAUUGCCUUCUACACAUUGUUAUUGAUCACCAGCAAUUUGAUACAGUGUUUGAUACCAAUAUCGAUUAUCGAUGAUUCAUUGUAGCUGCUGGUUGGUGCAAUAUAAUCUCUUAGUUCAUGUGUGCACCAUACAGCCUAUUAAUAAUUAAAUAAAUGAAUGAAUAAUUGAAUAAAUAAAUGAAUGAAUGAAUAAAUAUAUAAAUGCCCUCUGUAUGAAUCACACCGGGCUGAUCUGAAGUCUGUGUCAGACACAUCACUUGACAAUUGUCACUGCCAUAUUUUCUGAAAAAAUCCUCUUUGCCCAGGAUUCUUCUCCUGGGAAGCCGAGAAGCCUCAGAGAAUAAAAGAAGAUAAUUAUCUGAUUUGCUUCUUCUGUGCUUUGCUGCUUUGGGAUGUGGUUGGAGAUUGUUUAUGCAACAUGUGAAUUGUUUUUACUUAAUGACCAAUCACCAUCCAACUCAGUUGGGACUCUGGAAGGAGUCACAAGUUUUUAUUAUUCAUUCUUGUUAAGCCUUCUGUCUGUAUCCUUUCUCUAUUCUUUAGUAGAGUUUUAGUAUAGCAUUCUGUAAUAUAAAAUAAUAGCAUAAAAUAAUAAAUUAGCCU